AUGACGCCUGACAAUAUAGCUAGUGGGUGGAGAAAGACUGGCAUUAUUCCAUGGGAUCCUAAUAUUAUUUUGAACCUCUUCAACACUAAGCAGGAACCGGUGCUAGAGGAUGCUGAGCGCCCAACUUCUAGCCGGUCUGACGGUGCAGAACUAGGCCCUGGCGAUUGGAAGAGCAUUAAGAAACGCCUCCGGAAAAUGGUGAUUAAUCUUAUUGAUUUAAAAGUGGAUAAUGUUGAAAGAGAGAAAGCCGUAUUAGAGGUUAUCAAGAAACUAUAA